AACCGAGAAACAUUUUUUAAUUUUCACUUUUUUCCUCUGUCAGAAAAAAAGGGUUCUUUGCCCUAAAAGGCAAGAAGGGGACGGCAGGAGGAGAGAUCAAGAGUGCCGGAGCUGGCUAAGGAUUCUCCGGCGAUACCGCUUCGGUAUGAUACAAUUUAAGAUGACCUGCGUUUAGAUUAAUUUCGGGAGGCCCUCAGGAAUGAACUUUUUGUGAGGUAAUUUGAAACGAAACAAAAAUGGGUGAAGUGAUUGAUUUAACUGGUGAUGGAGGUGUUCUCAAAACCAUUAUUCAGAGAGCCAAGCCAAAUGCUACAGGACCAACAGAGAGUCUUCCUGUUGUUGAUGUUCGCUAUGAAGGAGUUCUUGCUGAGACUGGCGAGGUUUUUGAUACCACUCGCGAAGACAACACAAUUUUUACAUUUGAGCUUGGAGCAGGCACUGUUAUCAAGUCUUGGGACAUAGCUUUGAGAACCAUGAAGAUUGGGGAGAUUGCGAAAAUUACUUGCAAGCCAGAAUAUGCUUAUGGAAGUGCAGGUUCUCCUCCGGAGAUACCUCCAGGUGCGACACUUAUCUUUGAGGUAGAGCUUGUUGCGUGCAGGCCUAUAAAAGGUGCAAGUAUUGGUGGUGUUUCUGAUGAAAUGGCAAGACUUGAAGAAGUGAAGAGGCAGAGGGAGAUCGCUGCAGGGUUAAAGGAAGAAGAGAAGAAAAAGAGAGAAGAAGCAAAAGCUGCUGCUGUCGCUCGAGUUCAAGCCAAGUUGGAUGCUAAGAAAAGCCAUGGGAAAGGCAAGGGGAAGGGCAAGUCUUUAUAAUGCUCUUUACCUACAGUAUUUACUUUUUAAACAAUAAUAGGCAGUAAAUAUUGUUGGCCAUUUGCACAAAAAGGGUGGGACACAUUUUGGCAAUCUUAUAUUUAUUUUUU